GAGGCACUAGUUUGAGCGGCAAGGAGCGGGGUGUGAUGCGGCACUGCGGUUCUGAGGCCGUUACUCCGGCUCCUCUAGAGAGGGCGGAGGAGGAGGCUGGAGCUCGGCGGUGAUUUUGUGCCAGGGCUUCCCAGAGGCGCACUGAAAAGGCUGGCGGGGCUCGGGAAGCUGGGGGGUUAGGGACACUCAUUCAAGCCCCCACCCCCCCGGGAGGGGAAGGGGGCAGGCGGCGAGGCUCGAAGGCGGCUGAGAGAUGGUGUGUGCUCGGGGGGAAGGAGCGAGCGCUGCCUGUCGUUGGUGAGGGGCUGCAGGCAGGGAAAGCUCCGUGGGUCAAAGCUGUUACAUGCCCACUGGUGGGUGGAACGUGUUGAGCGGAACACUGAGGUCUAGCCUGGCGGCCGCUCGGAACCCUUAACGUGGUAUCUAACGUGGGAUUUCAUUUAGCCCACGGUGGGAUUAAUUCGUUGGGGGCAGCCUCGCUGGUCUGGCUCCUCCAGGAGCUGGGCAACCUUGACGGGCUUUUUGUCUUGCUGCUCCAGCCCCUUCUCCCUUCCUCCUCCUCCAGAUGCCUUUUCUCUGCCCCUCCUCGCCCGGUACAGACAUUUCCAGCGCAGGCUGCCGCUCGUGGCUGCUGUCGAAGCCACUUUUCGGGAUUUCGAUUCGUUUCCCUCUGGGGUGUUUUUUGAGGAGGGAGAGUUUUUCUCCCCUCCACGAUGGGAUUUUCUUCCCGUGCCAAAGUGGACUUUCAUUGAUUUCUACUUACUUCUUCAACGUUUAGUGACCAAUUCUCUAGGCGUUUUUUUGUGGUAGUUCCUUUUUUUUCAAGUACAUCUCUGUAAAAUGGAGAACGAGGUUUUUACUCCCCUUCUGGAGCAGUUCAUGACCAGCCCCUUGGUCACUUGGGUUAAAACGUUUGGACCUCUGGCUGCAGGAAAUGGGACCAACCUGGAUGAAUAUGUGGCUUUGGUGGAUGGGGUAUUCUUGAACCAAGUCAUGCUUCAAAUUAAUCCUAAAUCAGAGAGUCAGAGAGUAAAUAAAAAAGUCAACAAUGAUGCUUCACUUAGAAUUCAUAAUCUGUCCAUUUUGGUGAGACAGAUAAAAUUUUAUUACCAGGAGACUUUGCAACAGUUGAUCAUGAUGUCAUUGCCAAAUGUCUUAAUCAUUGGCAAAAAUCCCUUUUCUGAACAAGGCACAGAAGAAGUUAAAAAGUUGCUUUUGCUUUUACUGGGUUGUGCAGUUCAGUGUCAGAAAAAAGAAGAAUUUAUUGAAAGAAUUCAAGGUUUAGAUUUUGAUACGAAAGCAGCAGUUGCAGCACAUAUUCAAGAGGUAACCCAUAAUCAGGAAAAUGUGUUUGAUCUACAAUGGAUGGAGGUGACUGAUAUGUCUCAGGAGGAAAUAGAACCACUCUUGAAAAAUAUGGUAUUGCAUCUAAAAAGGCUUAUAGAUGAGAGAGAUGAACAUUCAGAGACUAUUGUAGAACUCUCUGAAGAGCGGGAUGGUCUUCAUUUUCUACCCCAUGCCUCUUCAUCUGCACAGUCACCUUGUGGUUCUCCAGGCAUGAAGCGAACAGAAAGUCGACAACAUCUGUCAGUGGAGCUGGCAGAUGCUAAGGCCAAGAUAAGAAGGCUUAGGCAGGAAUUGGAGGAAAAGACUGAACAAUUGUUGGACUGUAAACAAGAACUAGAGCAAAUGGAAAUAGAGCUAAAAAGGCUGCAGCAAGAGAACAUGAAUUUGCUUUCGGAUGCUCGUUCUGCAAGAAUGUAUCGAGAUGAAUUAGAUGCACUUCGGGAGAAGGCCGUCAGAGUUGAUAAGCUUGAAAGUGAAGUCAGCAGAUACAAAGAGAGACUACAUGAUAUUGAAUUUUAUAAGGCAAGAGUUGAGGAAUUAAAAGAAGACAAUCAAGUUUUAUUGGAAACAAAAACCAUGUUGGAAGACCAAUUAGAAGGAACUCGAGCUCGUUCUGAUAAAUUGCAUGAAUUAGAAAAAGAGAAUUUACAACUGAAAGCUAAACUGCAUGAUAUGGAAAUGGAACGUGAUAUGGAUAGAAAAAAGAUUGAAGAACUAAUGGAAGAAAAUAUGACUUUGGAAAUGGCACAGAAGCAAAGUAUGGACGAAUCAUUACAUCUUGGCUGGGAACUGGAACAAAUAUCUAGAACUAGUGAACUUUCUGAAGCACCACAAAAAUCCUUGGGCCAUGAGGUGAAUGAAUUGACAUCAAGUAGAUUGUUGAAGUUGGAGAUGGAAAAUCAGAGUUUGACAAAAACUGUAGAAGAGCUUCGGAGCACUAUGGAUUCUGCUGAAGGCACCACCUCCAAAAUCCUGAAAAUUGAAAAAGAAAAUCAAAGACUAAGUAAGAAGGUUGAAAUCCUUGAAAAUGAGAUUAUUCAAGAAAAGCAAAGUCUUCAGAAUUGUCAGAAUUUAAGCAAGGAUCUAAUGAAGGAAAAAGCUCAGCUUGAAAAAACGAUUGAAACACUUCGAGAAAAUUCAGAGAGACAGAUUAAAAUAUUAGAACAGGAAAAUGAACAUCUGAAUCAAACCGUGUCCUCCUUAAGGCAGCGCUCCCAGAUAAGUGCUGAAGCAAGGGUGAAAGACAUUGAAAAAGAAAACAAAAUUCUCCAUGAAUCUAUCAAAGAAACAAGUAGCAAGCUAAGCAAGAUUGAAUUUGAAAAAAGGCAAAUCAGAAAAGAAUUAGAACAUUAUAAAGAAAAAGGAGAAAGAGCAGAAGAACUUGAAAAUGAGUUGCAUCAUCUUGAAAAAGAAAAUGAACUGUUACAGAAAAAGAUAACCAAUUUAAAAAUUACUUGUGAAAAAAUUGAGGCCUUAGAACAAGAAAAUUCAGAGCUAGAAAGAGAAAAUAGGAAGUUUAAAAAAACAUUGGAUAGCUUUAAAAACCUCACUUUUCAGUUAGAAUCCCUGGAAAAAGAGAAUUCCCAGCUUGAUGAGGAAAACUUAGAACUUCGAAGGAGUGUGGAAUCUUUGAAGUGUGCAAGCAUGAAGAUGGCUCAGCUACAACUAGAGAAUAAAGAACUGGAAAGUGAAAAAGAACAACUUAAGAAAGGUUUAGAGCUCAUGAAAGCAUCUUUCAAGAAAACAGAACGCUUAGAAGUUAGUUAUCAGGGUUUAGAUACAGAAAAUCAAAGGCUACAGAAAGCUCUUGAAAACAGCAAUAAAAAAAUCCAACAAUUGGAAAGUGAACUACAGGACUUAGAGAUGGAAAAUCAAACAUUGCAGAAAAACCUAGAAGAGUUAAAAAUAUCUAGCAAAAGACUAGAACAGCUGGAAAAAGAAAAUAAAUCAUUAGAGCAAGAGACUUCUCAACUGGAAAAGGAUAAAAAACAACUGGAGAAGGAAAAUAAGAGACUCCGGCAACAAGCAGAAAUAAAAGAUACCACAUUAGAAGAAAAUAAUGUGAAAAUCGGAAAUUUGGAAAAAGAAAACAAAACCCUUUUCAAAGAGAUUGGUAUUUAUAAAGAAUCCUGCAUUCGUCUGAAAGAAUUAGAGAAAGAAAAUAAAGAGCUUGUGAAAAGAGCAACUAUUGAUAUAAAAACUUUGGUUACAUUACGAGAGGAUUUGGUGAGUGAAAAAUUGAAGACUCAACAAAUGAAUAAUGAUCUUGAAAAAUUAACUCAUGAGCUUGAGAAGAUAGGGUUAAAUAAAGAGCGACUCUUACAUGAUGAGCAAAGUACUGAUGACCGAUACAAACUUUUGGAAUCAAAAUUAGAAUCCACUCUAAAGAAGUCUCUUGAAAUAAAAGAAGAAAAAAUUGCUGCUUUAGAAGCUCGACUAGAAGAGUCCACAAAUUACAACCAGCAGUUGCGCCAAGAACUAAAAACGGUGAAAAAGAAUUAUGAGGCUCUCAAACAGAGACAGGAUGAGGAAAGAAUGGUUCAGAGCUCUCCUCCAGCUGCUGGUGAAGACAAGUGGGAGCGAGAAAGUCAAGAAACAACUAGAGAGCUUCUGAAAGUUAAGGACAGAUUAAUUGAAGUUGAAAGAAAUAAUGCUACACUGCAAGCAGAGAAGCAAGCAUUGAAAACUCAACUGAAACAACUUGAAACACAGAACAGUAAUUUGCAGGCUCAGAUUCUUGCACUUCAGAGGCAGACAGUAUCAUUACAGGAGCAGAAUACCACUCUUCAAACACAGAACGCCAAGCUUCAGGUUGAAAAUUCCACCCUUAAUUCCCAGAGUACCUCACUUAUGAACCAGAAUGCACAACUCCUAAUCCAGCAGUCUUCCUUAGAAAAUGAAAAUGAAUCUGUAAUCAAAGAGCGAGAAGAUCUGAAAUCUCUCUAUGAUUCUCUGGUCAAAGAUCAUGAAAAGCUGGAACUCCUACAUGAACGGCAGGCUUCAGAAUAUGAGACUCUGAUUGCUAAACAUGGAACUCUAAAGUCUGCCCACAAAAAUCUUGAGGUGGAACAUAAAGACCUUGAAGAUCGUUACAAUCAGUUACUAAAACAGAAAGGACAGUUGGAAGAUUUGGAAAAAACACUGAAAGCAGAACAAGAAAAAAUGCUGCUUAAAAACAAAAACCAUGAGACUGUAGCUGCAGAAUUCAAGAAGCUUUGUGGUGAAAAUGAUAGGUUGAAUCAUACAUAUAAUCAGCUUUUAAAAGAGACUGAAGUUUUACAAACUGACCAUAAAAACUUGAAAAGUCUUCUAAAUAAUUCGAAACUGGAACAAACAAGAUUAGAAGCGGAAUUUUCAAAGUUAAAGGAACAAUACCAACAAUUGGACAUCACAUCCACCAAGCUAAAUAACCAGUGUGAGUUGCUAAGCCAACUUAAAGGAAAUUUAGAAGAAGAAAAUCGACAUCUACUAGAUCAAAUUCAGACAUUAAUGCUACAGAACAGAACACUAUUGGAGCAGAAUAUGGAAAGCAAGGAUCUUUUCCAUGUUGAACAAAGACAGUACAUUGAUAAGUUAAAUGAAUUAAGACGACAAAAGGAGAAAUUAGAAGAGAAAAUUAUGGAUCAAUACAAAUUUUAUGACCCAUCUCCUCCUAGAAGGAGAGGCAACUGGAUUACUCUAAAAAUGAGAAAAUUGAUAAAGUCUAAGAAAGACGUUAAUCGGGAACGACAGAAAUCACUAACUUUAACACCAACCCGCUCAGACUCCAGUGAAGGAUUUCUUCAACUCCCCCAUCAAGAUAGUCAAGAUAGUUCUUCAGUAGGUUCAAACUCUUUAGAAGAUGGCCAAACUUUGGGGACCAAGAAAAGCAGCAUGGUUGCACUGAAAAGACUGCCCUUUUUGAGGAACAGACCGAAGGAUAAAGACAAAAUGAAGGCCUGCUACCGUCGUUCCAUGUCCAUGAAUGACCUGGUGCAGUCCAUGGUCCUAGCAGGAGGACAGUGGACAGGUAGUACUGAGAAUUUGGAGGUUCCUGAUGAUAUUUCAACGGGUAAAAGGAGAAAAGAAUUGGGAGCUAUGGCCUUCUCUACUACAGCCAUCAACUUUUCAACUGUCAACUCUUCUACAGGCUUCAGAUCCAAGCAGUUGGUUAAUAAUAAAGAUACUACAUCCUUUGAAGACGUAAGUCCACAAGGUAUUAGUGAUGAUUCUAGUACGGGAUCAAGAGUUCAUGCUUCGAGACCAGCCAGCCUUGAUAGUGGCAGAACAUCCACUAGCAAUAGCAAUAAUAAUGCUUCACUCCAUGAAGUCAAAGCAGGUGCAGUUAAUAUCCAGAGCAGGCCACAAAGCCACAGCAGUGGAGAAUUUAGCCUGCUUCAUGAGCAUGAGGCAUGGUCCAGCAGUGGUAGCAGUCCAAUCCAGUACUUGAAAAGACAGACCAGAUCAAGUCCAGUGCUCCAGCACAGAACACUAGAGAGUCGGGCACAUCAUAAGAUCAAAACUGGUUCCCCUGGAAGUGAAGUUGUUACUCUACAACAGUUUUUGGAAGAAAGCAACAAGCUUACCUCAAUGCAGCUAAAGCCCUCAAGUCAAGAGAAUCUUUUAGAUGAAGUAAUGAAAAGUUUGUCUGUCUCUUCUGACUUUUUGGGAAAAAACAAACCAGUUAGCUGUGGUCUGGCCAGGUCAGUAAGUGGAAAAACUCCAGGAGACUUCCAUGAUAGACGGACAACUAAGCCUGAACAGUUUGUGAGAUCUGGUCCUCAAAAGGCUGAAGAUACCUGUUUCAUGAGCUCUUCAGGAAAGCCUACACGAGGCGCUCAAGGAAAGAUAAAAUUAAUAAAAGAAACUUCUCUGUCACGACAAUCAAAAGAUAGUAAUCCCUAUGCCACUUUACCUCGUGCAAGCAGUGUUAUCUCUACUGCCGAAGGAACUACUCGAAGGACAAGCAUCCAUGACUUUCUGACCAAGGACAGUAGACUGCCUGUGUCAGUUGAUUCUCCACCAGCUACUGCUGAUAGCAGCGCCACUGCAACAUCUAGUGAGUACUGUUCACACCAGGGGUCCUCUCAUACACUUCACAGUCCGACAUCCGCUCUAGGUUCUCAAGCACAAAAUUACCUAGCUACAGACAAGCCCCAGUCUCCACAUACCCAGGCCAGGAACUCAAGAACUGAAAGGUCACAUCUUCUAAAUCAAACUUUUGCCAUGAUUAAUAUGUCUAAUGAUGCAUUUGGAAGAUCAGCUACAGAUAGCCUAGAAUCCUUUACUGUGGCUUAUCCAGCUCAGCCAUUUUUAUCCCUGAAUACAGAAUUAGUUAGUAAUAUAAGUGGGUUACCUCCCAGACCAGUCACCAGAGUAACUGACCAGGCUUCUGCUUCUUUGGAAAAAACUGCUCAGAAAGAUAAUGAGCAGUUUUCUGAUCAUCAGAGCCACAGUAGCAUUAAUCCACAAUCCUCUGUAGACAAUAGUAAUCUUACCACUCCUGCAUGCCUCUAUGCUGAUGACACAGAAGCUGCAUUGUUGGUUUCUGAGGAUAAUCAAACAGUUUGGUAUGAAUAUGGUUGUGUAUGAUCAAACCUGCACAAUAGAAUACUGAUGUCAUUUGAUACACACUAUGCUUCUCUAAUCUGAUUUGAAGAGCUGUUGUUGAAAAGAAUCAUUUGACUAGGUUUAUGUUUUUAUUUUUAAGUUGUGGCAUAGUGUUCAAGUGUACAUUGUGGCAUGUAUAUAAAUAUGAUUAUGUAACCACAGCAAAGCCUGCAUGAACUAUUAAUUACAUUGUACAUUUUCUGCAUGACUUCAAGAACCUUAGCAAUACAUGCUCCUCUUUCACAUUUCUUGUCCCCAAUAAGAGAUUGUUACUUUGAUACCUGGAAGCAUGUUAAAAUGGCUGCAUGCUAUAAUUACUAAGAAGGCAUUUCCAAGUCACAUUUGUUGAUUCCAAAAAAGAAUGCUCAUUGUCCCUUUUGCUCCCCUUUCCUUCUGUCCCUCCCUCUUGUCCUUUCCUUUUUUUCCCCAAAACGUGCAAUUCAUAUUGUACAUGUACAGUAUUAGUAAGGAAAAUAUGUUAAAAAGAUGUCAUUUUCUUUUCCCAUUUAAUUUUGCCUUCUGCCCUGUUUUAUUUUCAAAGAAAUAGUUAAUAAGUCAACACUUUACAUAAAAAAUAUUAACUACUGCCCAUAUUUAUAAAAUUGUUCAAAUUUAAAAUGUUAAUACUCAUAAAUUUAGUGUAAUUAAAAAAAAAACCAUUGAAUUUAAAUGUGACUUAUACAGUGACUAGGUGCAUUUAUAUUCUAUUUCUUCCCUGCACUUUUCUUCAUUUGAUAAACAGAAGAGUUCAAGUACUAUCUUUCUUUCAGGAUGACUUUUUUACUUGGAAUCAGUUAACACAGUAGUUUUUUCAGGGUUUUUUUUUUUUUUACUGUAGAAUCAAAGAGAAAUAAAGCAAAUCAUACUCAAUGUGUGAGAAAUUUGCAUUUUUACUUCUCUUUUAAAAGGGUAGCAAGUUUACUGAGUGGUGAAGAUUGUUACUUAAAUAAUUCUAUAAUUUAUUCUAAGUUACAUAUGUCCUAAACACAGAAUUUUCUAAAAUGAGUACAUUGUGCUAAAAUAAAAUGUAAAAUUAGUGUUUAUAACCAUAUAAACAAACAGACAUGUUUCUAGUAGAACAAAUUUUAAAACUAAGAAUAAUUGCACCCUCUUAGCUAAAAAAUAAUCAUAAAAGAUAGAGAAAAUAUUUGCUAACUCUGAUUCAUGUCAUAAACUUUAAAAUUAUCUUCCUGUGGUCAUAGCAUUUUAAAACAGAAUCAGCCAAAAUUGAGUUUCUAACUUCCAGAAUAAAACAACAAAAAAGAAAGCCCCAAGAAACCCAUAACCCUGACUCACUCACUUCUGGAGAAGUAUACCUUAGCUCUAUCUCUGAAAUGUUUUUGCUCUCUUGAUUCAGCCUAAAUAUCACUGACAGUAAUGCAGCCUGGCAUCUAGAAAAAAUGAUUUGAAAUGUAACUUGAUAAACAAGGAGAAAAUUAUUAUUUUACACGUGUUGUUAUAGUAAAUUAUUAUUGUUAUUCAUUGGGCCAGAGAAAGUUUCUAAAGAAUCUUUGCUUAAUGAAAUGUGUGACCUGGGAAUUCGCUGGCAGUCCAGUGGUUAGGACUCUGCGGUUUCGCUGCUGAGGGCCUGUGUUCAAUCCCUGGUCACAGAAUUAAGACCCUGCAAGCCACACAGCACGGGCAAACAUUUUUUUUUUUAAAAAAAAAGGAAACAAAAAGAAGGAAAUUUGUAUCCUUUGUAAAUUACCCUAUUCUCUUGUACUUACACAAGAUCAUUUCAGGCCUAGGCCCCUUCUGUUUAUAUCUUUGACCAUACUUCUUUUCUCACAAACAGCUCUUACUAAAAAUGCUUCCAAUGUGUUGGUUUCACUUCAGAUCGAAUAAAUCUUUCGCCUUUUACUUAAAAAAAAAAAAAAUGCUUCCAGUGCAGGUCAUCAAAUAAACAAUCAGAAAUUUUCUUAUUUUUGGUACCACUUAAUAUAUUUUAUCUACAUGAAAACAUCAAUCCAUUUGUCGCUUAUUUCACAAUUAGUCCUAACAUUUCAAAUAUUUUUGGUGUCCCUUUUCUUUCUUCAUAACCUGAUAAUAAGACUUUUUAAAAAGAUUAUUUAUUAAAAUACAUUGAGAAAUCAUAUGCUACUAUAUGGUAAACACUGAUUAUUUUACAAUGUUAGACUUAUAGGAAAGAAGCAUUUCUAACCCAGAUGACUGUAGUAACAUAUACAGCAUGUUUUCCAAAGAACAUACACGUUGUGCAUGUAAGACAGAGAGAUACAUACCAUGUCCAUGUGUCUGGAGGACUGUCAGAGAAUAUAGGUGAUAUUUCCUCCAGAAACUGUCACCAGGUGUAAGGUCAUAAAAUUCCCUUAAAACACUAUUUUACCAGUGUUUCUUGAUAGCACUUGAAAUCACAUUUUUAGCAGUGGUAAGAGCCUUAGAAAUUGUAUAGAGCUAGUGUUUCCCAAACUCUUAAAAAAAUCAACAUAAUACCUUCUAUAAAUGAAAUCUUACAAGAUGCCCCAAUUAAAAAAAAAAAAAUUGUUUUCCCAUCAAAGUGAAGCAGCUCUGACUCAGUUGAAUAACUGUAUUUUUUUUGAGACAGCUCCAUAAAUAUUCUCCAACUUCACAGAGGAUUACAGGCAUACCUCGUUUUAUUGUGCUUUCUUACACUUCACAAAUACUGUGGGGUUUUUUUCCCAACAAACUGAAGGUUUGUGGCAGUUCUGUCAGACAAGCCUAUCAGUGCCAUUAUUCCAACAGUAUUUGCUCACUUCAUGUCUCUGUCACAUUUUGGGAGUUCUCAGAAUAUUUCUAACUUUCUCAUUAUUGUUAUAUUUGUUAUGGUGAUCGGUGAUCUUUGAUGUUACUAUUGCAAAAAAAAUUAUGAUUUGCUAAAGGCUCAGAUAAUGGAUAGCUCUUUUUAGCAAUAAAGUAUUUUUUACUUAA